CCACCAGAACCCUGUUGAAUUUUCCCUGUUGAAAAUGCUGGAGUCAACGCACUGCCUGUUCAUCUGCUUGUUCAAAACUUAAAUAAACUUAAAAAGCUAAUAGAUACUUUUAAUAGAUCAAGUCCCAGAUUCACACUGUGCAUUCUCUCCAAAUCCUUGAAUGUCACUAGAAAGAGAAAGUAAAAGCUUUCUCAUUGUUGCGUUAUGACUGUAAAAUGGCGGUUGGCAGCUGAUUUUUAUUGUGCUGAAUAUACAAGAAACUUUCUUCCAUCUCCAAGAAAAUCUACAGAAACUCCACAAGAGUCUUACGGUCAUCAUGUCCCUCCUUUAUAUUUCCAUCUUAUGGGUCACUGCCUGUGUGGACAGUGCAGAAUCUCUGGUUAAUGUAUCAGCUCCAGUGGGUUCCACAGUCCUCCUGCCAUGUAAACUGACUGAAGUCUUCACCCAAACAUCACUUAUUCAGUGGAAGAUCAACAACAAAGAUCUUGUGUUUGAGAGAAGCAGUGAUGCUACGAGUCCAGGUUCAGGAUAUGAAGGCCGUGUGGAUAUUCCUCUGGAUGAACUACAUAAAGGAAACUGUUCCCUGGUGUUGAAGAACGUCAGAAUCACUGAUGACCAUUUAUACAGUACCUUUACAGUGGAACAUGUGGACAGUACUAACCCUACAGAGGCUAAAGAAAUCGCCAGGGUUAGACUCUCAGUCGAUGUCCUUCAGUUAUCAGCUCGAGUGGGUUCCACAGCUGUCCUGCCGUGUGAAUGGAGCCAUCUGUCCAUCCAGACACCUCAUGUUGAGUGGGUUAUCGAUUCUGAGAUUGUGUUUGAGCGAAAGGGUAAAGAGUCAUUUCCGGGUGAAGGAUAUGAGGGCCGUGUGGACGUUCCUGAGGACGAGCUGCUUAAAGGAAACUGUUCCCUGGUGUUGAAGAACGUCAAUGUUACUGAUGCAGGAAUCUACAGCAGCUCCAUGCUAGUGAAAGACACACAGGAACACAGGAACUUCUUAGUCCAGAAGAUUAAACUGUCAGUUGAUGAUGAGACUCGUUCUUCAUUGGAGGAUUCAGAUUCACACCAGACUGGAGGGAACAACUGGAUUAUCUGGUUAUGUGUUGGGAUUGGAAUUGUAAUCAUCAUCAUCAUCAUCAUCAGUGUGUAUGUGGGCUACAAGUUCAAAGAUAAAACUGGUUGAAAUUUAUCAUCAUGCUGCAGUCGCACCACCAACUCCACUGAACAGCAUUCCACUGUAUUGCAUAGAUGUGUCUAACAUUUGAGUACUGAACAAGCCAAAUACGAGUCUUCCUGAUCACACACACACACACACACACACACACUUGUCCUCUGAUCCUUGCUCUGUAACCCUGUGGUCUGUGGAUUGAAGAAUUCUCUGAAAGACGGGGAGGAGCCGAAGUCGUUUCCAUAUGAAAUUUAAAGUGGACUGAGGCGAUCACCAAUUUGUGUAGAGUUUAUGGAGAAUAGCAGAAUUUUUCGUGGGGCUGAGGAGAAAUGUUAUUAUUAUUUACCUUAUAAUUUUCCAGAUUAUAUGUACUAUGAGCAAAUAGAAAAAUAUUGACUUUUACACUUUAUUGCACUUUAACUGCAAAUUAAAAUAAAAACAUUGUGCUGCUCAGUCUCCAUGCUCACACUCAGUCUGAAGUUUUCCUACUCUAUAAUACUCUUAUUCAUUUAAUAUGAUGCAUUAUUAAUUAUCAAUCCAGUUUAGUUUAAGGUGCUUAAAUUAGAAAGUUGAGAAGAAAAGUGUGAAAUACUAUUAUAAAUAUAUGGGAAACCAGUGGCAGAUUUUUUUUUAAACCAUAUAACAAUACAUAAACAGGGAAAGAUAAGAGCUAGUUUAAGUGCCUCAGGAAAAGGUAGGUCUUAAGACGUCAGAGACUCUGCUGUACGGACAUCUAGGGGAAGUUCAUCCCACCACCUCGGUGCCAGAACAGAGAAGAGUCUAGCUGAAUACCUACCUUUUACCCUGAGAGAUGGUGGGACCAGUCGGGCAGUGCUAGUGGACCUGAGGGAGCGAGGUGCAGUGUGAGGAGUAAUAAGAUCUUUGAGGUAAGAUGGAGCUGGUCCAUUCUUGGCUUUGUAGAAAAGCAUCAGUGUUUUCAAUCUGAUGCGUGCAGCUACCGGAAGCCAGUGGAGGAGCAGCAGUGGGGUGGUGUGGGAGAACUUAGGCAGGUUGAAAACAAGCUGUGUAGCUGCAUUUUGGAUCUUUUGCAGUGGACGAGUUGUAUUCAGAGGAAGACCUGCCAGUAAAGUGUUGCAGUAGUCCAGUUUCGAAAUAACCAGAGACUGAACAAGCACUUGAGUAGCCUGUGUGGAUAGAAAUGGUCAAAUCCUUCUGAUGUUGUACAGAAGAAACCGACAUGAGUGUGUCACAUUAGCAACAUGGGAGGAAAAGGACAGUUGAUUGUCCAUGGUUACCCCAAGGUUGUGAGCAGUGGCUGAAGGGGAGGUCAUUGAGUUGUUCAGAGAUAAUGCAAGAUCCUGGGGAUGAAUCACCUGGGAUGACCAGCAGUUCAGUUUUGCUGGGAUUGAGUUUCAGCUGAUGAGCCGUCAUCCAAGAUGAAAUGUCUGACAGACACGCUGAGAUCCGAGCAGAAGCUGUGGUAGGAGGUCAAGGAGGAUGAGGACCGAUGGCAGCUUGGCUGAUCUAGCAGUAUGUAGUUUCUCAGUGACUGCCAAAAGAGCAGUCUCUGUGGAAUGUGCUGUUUUGAAGCCAGACUGGUUGGGAUCAUGGAGGUUAUUCUGCAAGAGAUAGUCAGACAGCUGAUUAUAAACAAUUCGUUCGAGAAUUUUUGAAAGAAAGGAGAGGCGUGAUACCGGUCUGUAAUCAUUGAUGUCAGAGGGAUCCAAAGCAGGUUUCUUUAGUAUAGGGAUAACCCUUGCUUGCUUAAAGGCAGUUGGUACCUGUACCUGAAAUGGUACCUGAAAGGGUACCUGAAAUGAGACGCAGUGAAUAUAGAAACACUGUAUAACAGUGCGUUGUGUCACAGGCUCUUAUAGUGAACAUGAAUAAAAUUACAUUACAUAUAGCAAAAAAAACAAAAAACAAAUUAACAUAAUUCAGUCUCACAAGUUUCCUUUCACUGCAGCAAAAAAAACCACAGUCCACCCCGGGGAUCUGGAAUGAAGGCAAACUGAAAACCCAGGAAAAAAAAGCAUAAAUGCUUUAAAACCCAAAGCAUAAAUGGUUCUUGAAAAAGCUUACCAACUAUUAUGAAGAAUCAAAAGGAUUUUCUUGAAAAGUCUGCCUUGAAAAUGCAUUUGUAAGGAUGCCUCUGACUACUCACAAUUAUCCAAUCAAAAGACGUGAAAUUGCUGACGUAAUCGUACGCCUGCUAGAUGGCCCCAGUGACGCCAACUCGAAAUCUGAUUGGUUAAUAGAACAGUUUCAUUGCCACUUAUUUUAAGCUCCGGGCGCCUGCACUAUUGAUUCUGAAGGCCUUAAGGUGGGGCAACACAUGAUGUCAUCCACUAACUGAAAUAUGAUUGGAUAAAUACUCUUAUCAUAAAUAUACACUACUGAAAGCAGCGAAACUGAGAGAAAAGCUAUGAAAUGUAGAGAAUAGACUAUUGGGAAUAAUUUAAUACACAUUCAUGGAAGAAUAUAUUAAAUGCAAGUCAGUGAUUCAGAUCACUGCUGUUUAGUCCAGCAGAGAAGGCCUUGCUGACCCUGACGGUCCACCACUGUGGGAAACACAAUACAGUAAAAAGAACAGUGCAGUUAAUGCCAAAGUUUCCACAAUAAACAGAAAUAAUCUGUUCAGUGCUGUUCAUCAUCUGAAUC